AUGGUAAGCCGCAACUGCAAUAAUCCUCAUACUAGACAACAUACUAACAUGCGAUCGCGCAGGCACAAUCUGGGUACGUUAUCAGCAGCUGAAACAUGCAACGGCGGUGCACAUACGACCAACACUGAACUCCCUUCUUACAGCGUUUCGGUCGCACCCGAGUGCAUUCAGGCCUUCAAUGAGCUUAAGCUCGGAAAGUCCACCAAGUGGAUCAUCUACAAGAUCUCCGACGACUGGAAGGAGAUUGUCGUCGAGGAGACCUCCACCGACCCAGACUACUCCAAGUUCAGGGAGAAGCUGCUGAGCGCCAAGAGCAAGAACAAGAGGGGUGAAGAGGGCAUCGGAGGUCGAUACGCCGUGUUCGACGUCGAAUACGAGGCAGACGGCGGUGAGGGCAAGCGCAGCAAGAUCACCUUCAUCUCGUGGGUGCCAGAUGAUGCGCCACAAUACGUGAGGACACACGCCCAACGUUGUUCAUUGGAGGGUGGCUAACAGCUGGUAGCCGCGCAUGAUGUACUCUUCCUCCAAGGACGCCCUGAAGCGUGCUCUCAACGGCCUCGCUGCCGAUAUCCAGGCCAACGACCCAGAUGACAUCGAGCACGAAAGCAUCAAAUCUAGGGUCUCCAAGGGUCGCUAA